CCCAAUCCAGUGUGAAGGGAAGCUCAUGGCUGACGUCCAUGCAAACGACGUGAGCAAUUGCGUUUUGUCAUGCAGUCAAAUUAGGGUUUCAGACAAAGGUGGUGCAACAGUUGAUGAGUUGAUGAAGGAGCAGGACUUUUUGUUUCAGUUCUGGGUUGAUCUACCCAAUUUAGGAACGAGUCGGGAAAUUCUCAGGCACAUAGCGAUACAACACUUUCGCGUAAGGUAAAUUAGAGUUGGGUUCUUGUGUGUGAGAGGCAUGGCACCGAAGAAGAAGAAGGGAGAAGGGAAGAAAGCGGGGAGGCGGAAGGAGAAAGGAUUCAAGGGACCUGGUAAAAUUCUGGCCUACCACGAUGAAGAGUAUUGGAAUAGCCGCUACGCUAACCAGCCGGAGCCAUUCGACUGGUAUCAAUCUUACAAAGAGUUGAAAGGGUUGUUUGAAAUGUAUCUCCCCAAGGACAACAAGAUCCUGAAUGCUGGAUGCGGUAAUGGAAUGUUGGGGGAGGACAUGGUGAGAGAUGGCUACUUGGAUGUUGUAAAUGUGGACAACUCGAGCACGUGCUUUGAUCAGCUGAAUUUGAGAUACAAGGGAAACAAGGACAUACCAUCUGCGUUUACAUGGUUUCGGCAGGACAUGAAAGAUUUGAAGAUGUUCAAGGACUUCUCAAUGGACCACGUGAUUGACAAGGGUUUUCUGGACUCUAUUUUGUGUGCAGCUGAUGCUCUCAAUCAAGUUGCUCUAGUGUUUGGUGAAAUUCGAAGGGUUCUGAAGGUCGGAGGCUUAUACAUCUUGAUUACUUACGGUGAUCCACGAACACGCAUGCCUUGGCUUAAGACUCCACUGACUCCAUGGAAAUCGAUCAUUGUCCACGUUUUCCCAAGACCUGGCUCUCCCAAAGCCUUAAAUCCUGGGCCACGACCCAUACUUGAACCAGUGUAUAUGUUGCCUGACUUAACUCUCGGACCUCAGUUCAACCUUGAUGACCCAGAUUGGCAUUAUAUCUAUGUCUGUAAAAAGGAGACGGAAGAUCUAACCAAGGCGCCUCAGCCCAGAAAGAAGAAACCUCUAAAGGCGUAGUGGCUGAAUGGCGGGAGAUGCCUCUUAAGAAAUACAUGAUUUUGGGAAUCAAAUCUCUUGAGAAACGUAGACCAUCAAAGUGGCAGCUAUGCCAUGGAUAACCUCGAUUCACCACUAGAAAGACAUUAGCAUCUAAUCUGGCCAAGGUGCAUGGAAAGGUGCAUUUCCAGUCAAACUCAACAUGCGUAGAGAGAACAUGGAUGAGCGAGAGAUGGGUCACAGUGAGGAAACUGUUGGUCCAACCUAAAGCAUUUGAAUUUUACUUGACACCAUAUCGGAUACUUACGAGAAAGUCGCUCUACAACAGACCUUGUAAGAGGGGACCCUCAUCCAAGGAAUUGAAUUCUGCAGCAAUUAAAUCCUUUCAAUAACA